CCGCCCCUGAAUGGCUCUGUGGAUGCUGGUGGCGGCAAUCGUGUAAGGCGGGUUCGCGCUGAGGAAAGCUUUGCGCCACAGGCCGAGUUUCUUUCGCCGCCCGCUUUCCUCUCUCUCCCCCCCCGCGCCUCUGCUGGGCCCGAGGGCCUCGCUGAGGGAGGAGGAGGGCAGGGCCCGAUGGCGGCCGACGUGGAUUCGUCUCUGGAGCUGAGCCUAUCCAACAGCUACGCGGGGCCCGGGUCUUUGCGGUCCGCGCGCUCCCGCAUUUUCAAGAUUAUCGUGAUCGGGGACUCCAACGUAGGGAAGACAUGCCUCACCUACCGCUUCUGCGCGGGGCGCUUCCCCGAGCGCACCGAAGCGACUAUCGGGGUGGACUUCCGCGAGCGAGCCGUCGAUAUCGGCGACGAGAGAAUCAAGAUCCAGCUCUGGGAUACUGCAGGACAGGAACGUUUUAGGAAGAGCAUGGUGCAGCAUUAUUACAGGAACGUACAUGCAGUUGUGUUUGUAUAUGAUAUGACAAAUAUUGCUAGCUUUCACAGUAUGCCACUGUGGAUUGAAGAGUGCAAGCAACACAUGCUCACCAGUGAAAUACCCCGGAUUUUGGUUGGAAACAAAUGCGAUCUAAGGAAUGUGAUUCAGGUGCCUACAGAUGUGGCUCAGAAAUUUGCUGACACUCAUGGUAUGCCACUGUUUGAAACUUCUGCUAAAAACCCAAAUGACAAUGAUCAUGUGGAAGCCAUAUUUAUGACAUUGGCUCAUAAGCUAAAGAGCCACAAACCACUCAUGCUUAGUCAGUUACCAGAUAAUACAAUUCACUUGAAACCAGCAUCAAAACCUACUAUGACAUGUUGGUGUUAACUUACAGUAUAUUUGCAUUCAACAUUGUAUUAUUCUCUUUGCCAGUGCUUUAAGAAUCUGCAAUGUUUUGAUUUAAUAAGAAUUAUCUUCUGUGCAUUUUAUUCAGUCGUUUUAUAUGUAGACGUUUAGUAUGUGCACUUGGUAAGCUGUAGCAUCUAAGUAAUGAUAAUGUUUAGGGAAUUAUUUUUGUUUUUAGGGAAUUUUUUAAUUUGUACAAAUAGAUUGUUUUACAGAAAAACUGGUCUCUUAAUUUUGAGAGCUUUUCUCCAGUAAAUGUGGAUAUUUUAAAUGUAUUAAGUCAGAUCUCUGCCUUUAUUGCUCAGUGUAAGAAUACUAUUUUUCUAUGGAGGCCCAAAAUCAUUUUAAAAUUAUAAUCCUAGUUAUUUGGUACACGGUUUUAUGAAAAUGAAAUGGAAGAAAGGCUCGAUUUGAAUAAAGUAUUAGAAAUUUUUACCCUUAAUUUAUUUCCAUUUCAAUUUUAUGUUCAUUAAUUUUAGAAAUAAAUUAUGUACGCAGUGACUUUUUUCUAUUUUAAUUUCUGAUUGUAUUGCUUUUGUUGAAUAUUCUGAAAGCUCUAUGUGUGCGUGUGUUUGUGUGUGUGUGUUCAAAUGAUGUUUAUUCCCAUAGUGUUCCAUAUAAUUGUUACAUUUUUCAAGGUAAGAGGAAAAUAAUAUGACUCUCCUGCAUAUUAUUGGAAAUAAUACGGGAAAAAAAUUGUAAAAUGGUUACAUUGCUCUCGACUAGAGGCACAGCUAGUAGUAGGGAUUCCAUUAGGUGCAACAAAGGUUUUGAUUAGAUCAUUCAACUUUACUUCACUGGCCUUUUGCCUUUUCUUUUUCCAUACCUUCUGUGGAACAAAACUGAAAGCUAGAAGAAUGACGUAAAAAGUAAGCAAUCCACACAACCCAUGCUUUGAAAAAGCCUUAAAUCACUAUCUUUUCUCUGCUUAAUAGACUGUGUAUUACAAGCUUUUUGCAGUAUUACUAGUGGUAGAUAUAUUUUGUGCAUCCUCCUAACAAGCCAAAACAUGAACCUUGAUUUGAAGAUAAAAAACUAGACUUCAAAAGUAAAGGACUGCAGAAUCCAUAGCACAUUUAAUGAAUCAUAAACAAGUGCUUGCCAAUAUUGUCUUGUUUCCUUCCAUUUAUUUUAAAAUAGUUGAAAUAUCAACAUCGUACAAAGAUACCUCUGCUUAUAUCAUUUAACAAUUCAAAUAUGGAAGGGACAGCAUAAAUUGGGGGAAACAAGAAAGUUAUUUAUGUAAAAUUGGUGCUCAGAAAUUGCUGAAAAGUCUCUUUAAAACUUAUGUUAUUGUUUUGAGGGGUUUCAAUGAUUUUGCACAUAAACACUCCUAGCAAAUAUUGAAGACAUGAGCAGGCCAUCUGAUGGCCAUCUGAUCAUUGCAUAAGUUGUACAACUUUAAAGUCUUUCCUUUGGCAGGCAGAAUCAUGGUGCAUACUUUCAACUCAUUGCUUAAGCAGAGCUUUAGAUUUUUAAAUGGGUCAUAAUUAGAUAUCGACAACUUUCUGUUAAAGUAGUCAUUUUUAUAAGUUUUUAUUGGUUAGCUAGAUUUAUUUAUGUAUAUUUUUGUACAGUCAUAAAAUGGUUCUAGGAAAAAAGACAUUCUCUUGGAUGAAAUCCAACAAUUCCCAGUUUCUUGCUGUUCCUAGACAUUCAGUAAAUUUGUGCAGGACACGUUGCGCAAAUGAAAGGUCCAACUCAUCUCAACGACUAUACUAGACACUGCUGCUCUUUGUAGGAAUAUAUGAUUGGAUUUCAUUGUUGUUUAUGAUAUCUCACUAACACACUGUGCUUGACUCUUAGGAAAAAAAAACCAUCUAUAUAUCAUUUUGCAUUUGUACUUUUCUUCAAUUCAAAAGGAAAACCAAAGCAGUUAAUUGGAGUAGUGCUAAUUAUCUGAACUGUUAGCAUGUAUAGCAUUAGAAAUUUG